CCUUUUUUUUUGUUUAAAAAAAGAGUCGAGUGAGAUUUGCAUUGUCACGUAUAAAGAAUUGACUAUCUAAUUUUCUUCACAACUUCUUUGGCCAUUUCCAACACUGUCUGCAGCAUUCUCCUUCUAUUAGUUAAGCUAAUUAGGACAAGAGAAAUCAUAUCAAGUAGAUGAUCAGAGAGCAAAAGCACUGAAGGGAUUGAGAAAUCGCAGUGUAUGGUGAUGGCCUUAAUGGCACAGAAACAUACCUUUGUUGUCUUCAUGAUCAUCAUCAUCAUGGUUUCACUUCCAUCAACAGCAUUGGGAGGGAGGGAAAGCAGGAACUUUGUCGAGUAUGCAGCUCCUUCAGUAACCAUGACCAAGGAAUAUUAUGCAAUAUCUGAGAAUAGAGCUGAUGGCGUUGAUGACAGUCAUGCUGUUCGUUGGAGGAUGCUGAUGAAGGUGAACACAAAGGAUUAUGGAAGUUACGAUCCAACUCCAUCUCUUUCCAAGCCUCCUUUCAAGCUCAUCCCUAACUGAUCCAUCGAUCAAUGCGUGCAUGCUUCUCGAUAUAUAUAAUAUGUUCAGCUGGAAGAAGAACAAAUAUAUAGCACGUAGUACUAUAUCAUAUACCAAACUAGUAAUAAAUGAUGAACUAUAUUAUGGUGUAUAUAGUACAUAUAUGAUUUGAUUUCCUGCUGAAGUAUUAAUUUGAUAUA